CGCUUCCCCGAGAUCUGGGCGGCUCUCGCGGGAUCUCGCCCUCUUCCUAGGCCGUCACUGAGACAGGACGAAAGGCCAUGUUCAGCACGAGCGCCAAAAUAGUCAAGCCAAAUGGCGAAAAGCCGGACGAGUUUGAGUCUGGCAUCUCCCAGGCUCUGCUGGAGCUGGAGAUGAAUUCAGACCUCAAAGCUCAACUAAGGGAACUAAACAUUACUGCAGCUAAGGAAAUUGAAGUUGGAGGAGGUAGAAAAGCAAUUAUCAUCUUCGUUCCAGUCCCUCAGCUUAAGACUUUCCAGAAAAUUCAAGUCCGAUUGGUGCGCGAGCUGGAGAAAAAGUUCAGUGGCAAGCACGUCGUCUUUAUUGCUCAGAGAAGGAUCUUGCCCAAACCAACAAGGAAAAGCCGCACGAAAAACAAGCAGAAGCGUCCCAGAAGCCGUACCCUGACUGCAGUACAUGAUGCCAUCCUUGAAGACUUGGUGUUCCCAAGUGAAAUCGUGGGCAAGAGAAUCCGUGUGAAGUUGGACGGCAGUCGGCUUAUCAAAGUCCACUUGGACAAGGCACAACAGAACAAUGUCGAACACAAGGUUGAAACAUUUUCUGGUGUGUACAAGAAACUCACAGGCAAAGAUGUGAUUUUUGAAUUCCCAGAAUUCCAGCUGUAAAGUGCAACAUGAUCCAAUAAAAAGUACUUGUUA